GUGAUUCCGGACGUGAAUCCAGUACUGUGACAGGAACAGCAUCACGGGACUUUCAUUCCACGAAGCAAAUAAAUAAAAUAUUACCUGUAAUCUAUCUGUAGACAGUUGUAAUAUAAGACAAAAUGUCCAGGCAAUCGAACAGAACCACAGACAGCAAGAAGAUGAAUUCAGAGUUAUUCACUUUGACAUAUGGAGCCCUUGUCACUCAACUGUGUAAGGACUAUGAAAAUGAUGAGGAGGUGAACAAACAACUGGAUAAAAUGGGAUACAAUAUCGGAGUUCGCCUGAUUGAAGACUUCCUGGCUCGGUCGAGCGUUGGGAGAUGUCACGAUUUUCGAGAAACAGCUGAUGUCAUCGCAAAGGUAGCCUUCAAGAUGUACCUGGGUGUGACCCCAAGCGUAACCAACUGGAGUCCUGCUGGAGAUGAGUUUUCUCUUAUUCUUGAAAGCAACCCUCUGGUGGACUUUGUAGAAAUUCCUGAUAACCACAGUAACCUGGUGUACUCCAGCCUUCUGUGCGGUGUGCUAAGAGGAGCUCUUGAAAUGGUGCAAAUGGCGGUGGAUGUGCGAUUCGCGCAGGAUACUUUGAGAGGUGACAAUGUAACAGAAAUUCGCAUGAAGUUCAUCAAAAGGAUCGAGGAGAACCUGCCAGCUGGGGAUGAAUGAGGUGGUUAAGCUAAGAGACAUUGGACUCUUCAACUUUAUAGACUUGGGGUGGGAACCAGAAACCAUUGUGAUUUAGAACAGAACAACAAUAGCAUUUAAACCAACACCAUUUUUAAAAUACAAUAAAAUAUGGCAAUGGGAAAGCUGUCUGGAGUUUGCAAUGAUGAAGGUUUUCUCUGCUCCUGGAGCUGGUAGGUAUCCACUCAUUUACUUCAUGGUUUUCCCCCUUUACCAAGGAUGUUGUGGUCCUUUCACCACCUGGUCCAUGAUUUUACUUUCAUGAUUUGCAACACAACAUUUGUAUCUUUUUUUUGUACUUUUUAUGGACAUAUGUUUCACAAGACCUAAUUUAUUUAGCCGCAAAUCAUAAUAAGAUUGAAUAAAUCAUUAACUACAAACAAGCGUGACCCUGUCCCUCAUUUUUCCACUCAAUGGGCCUUUGACAUAGAAUAAUAUUGUCGUACAGUUGCAGUAAAGCACUCAUUAGCGCAAACCGUAUCACCGCUGAGUUUUCAUGCCUUUUACGCUUGUGUCGAAAACAUGUUUUAGAUUGCUAAUCUAAAACCAACAUUUAAAGAAAGGGCCCCAUGUUCAACACUAACAGAGCCGCAGUCUUGCAUGCCGCGGUGGGAGACGCACGUGUUUUGGUGGUGUUAAGGGGAGCCUGGGAAGGGUCUAAGUAUGUAGAUAAUGGAACCUGUGUGUGCAGGUCCCACUACACGUAUGUAAUGAAGUGUCACGCCGACCCCAAUCGUCAUCCGCGGGCUGUCGCAUACUAGCCCUUUGCGUUGUGGUGGAACUGUUAUUUCUACAGAGCAGCAGCACCAUGCGGUUAAAGUUAAACAACAAUAACAAGGGCCUAAUUCGUCUCAGAUGUUUACUCAAGCAACAUGGAAGCAAUCAGGACCUGAGGGUUCACCCGUGCGUGUGCAGGACGGGACUGUUUUAGGAGCUCGUAGGUUUUAAUGGUCUAACCGAGGAGUUCACGGUCGUGCAGACCGAGCGUGCAACGAGAAGGUCGUUCGCUAUAAUACAUUAAUUUCUCCGCACGACUCGAACUCCAUUCCUGACACCUGUUAAUAGCCUUACGUCACGUUGACAAUUCAUGAUCUGGAAUCUUUUCCCAGUAUUCCACACCUCGUCAAUCACAAUUGGAAAUGCAGUUUCUCCCAUCAGGUUAUGAGAAUUAGCUUAUGCACCUAGUUUUAUAAACAUUAACUUUUUUCAAAGCUUGCUUUUGGAAAAAUACAUUAAUUUUGUAAUUGUUUUAUGACAUCAAGUCACUAGAGGUAGCUCUGAGCAUUGUGGUCUGUUUUCACUUCUCUUUCUCAUGGAUUUUUAGUGUCUCUCUUUAAUUCGGUAUUUGAUUGCUUAUGGGGCGUAUCAACUGUUUCUGUUUCUCGGGGGUUGGGAAAUUAUUUAGCGAAUAAAUUCUUCACCCACUUGAAUCAAGAUAAGAGUGGAAAAAAGCACGUUUUCUGUACAUUAUGCAUACAAUGUGAUUUCGUGAUGUGUAUAUUGGAAAGAGAGGAGGAAAUGGUUUUAUACGGACACUAAAUGUAAAUCAUUUAGACCUGUGCAUACAGCUGGGAUUGUGUACUGCGUGAAAAUCUGUAUCACUCCACCAUAUGUACUCAGGAAUGUCUUGAUUCCCUGUUUGUUCUCCAUAACAAUGCAAUACAAUUUAACGUUUUCUCCUUUAGUAUCCUUCUGGUUCAGCAUACAUUAUCAACCAAUACAGUAUGAGCAUAAGGACGGACUCCAGACUAUAAUAUGACCUCCCCCUUGUCUUUUUCCGUAUUCAUUCAUCCUUAUUUCUAUGAGCUACUUACAUCCGUGUGAUCACCAUGCCAAGUCAAUACUAAAAUUGCUGAUGGAGAGUUUGGAGACUCAUGUGCUCUGUGCUUUUCUGUACAAUAAGGGAUUGCUUUUUAUAGCCAUUUUUGUUUCUUCUUUUCCUACAUGUCUAUAAAAAAGGUCAACGACAACAAAUGAGAGAAAUUUGUUUAGGGUUUGCCUCUGGCCCAUAUUUAUAUUCACCCUAAGGCAGAGGUUUUUAACCUUUUUCAGGCCAAGGACCCCUUAAUAGAUAGAGAGGAGAACCAGGGACCCCCAGUACAUGUAUCAAAUUAAAACUGGAUUUAAAAUCUUGUUAUGAUGGUUAUGUUACAAAUACAUACAAUUGUAUAUAUUUUUUGUAUAAAUAGACACAUAACAAUUACAUUUUAAAUUGAUACAUUUUAGUAAAAUUUUAUAAUAUAUUUCUGUUAUUAGCAUAUUAAUUCAUUUUUCCAAAAAAAUUAUUUUGAUUUCAAAUUAUAUUUAGAGGACCCCCAGUAAUACCACCACGGACCCCCAAUAGGCCCCGGACCCUCUGUUGAAGACCCAUGCCCUAAAAUUAAGCUUUUGUCAUCAAUUACUCACCUCAUUGUCAUCCGAAUCCCGUUUUCGGGUGAAAUGUACAUUUAUUGCUAACACUUUACAAUAAGGUUAUAUUUGUUAACAAUUAGUUAAUUAGCUAACAUAAUGAACUAUACUUCUACAAAAUUUUUAAUCUUAGUGUUAAUUUUGGCAUUUACACAUUAUUAAAAUCAAACAUUGUAACAUUAGUUAAUGCAGCAUGGACAAACAUGAAUAACUGCUGACGUUAACUAACAUGCACAAGAAUUAAUAAAUGCUGAAUUGUCCAUUGUUCAUGUUAGUUAAUCCAUUUCCUAAUCCAACCUUAUUGUAAAGUGUUUCCCAAUUAUUAUAAGGAUGGUAUCUUGCAUACAAGCAGUAAAGGUGUGCUACAAGUGAGACAUUGCAUCUCAUUUGAACCCCCUAAGCACAACCAUGUGGUCUGUAUCAAAAGCAAAUGAUGAAUGGCACGCCGAAACAAUAAAAUUCUGUCCAUGGCA